AUGAAAAUUCAAAUCUCAUCUUUCAACGUCCACGAGAGAUCGCUGGGCAGCGUCAAGCCACACGAGCUGGCUGACUGGCUUCUUCCAUCUCCGCGUCUCUCCGAUCUUCCCGAUCUGCUUGUUGUCGGUACACAGGAAACGCAGCCACUGGCCGAAGCGCUCAGCGGCUGGAACGCGUCUGACAAACUCCGCGGAACGGCGUCGACGGUGCACAGGGCGCUGACCAAGUAUGCGGGUGUUGGUGAUAGCAAAGAUAACAACAGUGACGUCAUAUACACUUGCAUCCAUCAGUCAUCCUUCGCUGGUCUUACAAUGCUCGUCUACGCCCGCCCCCACAUCGCAAGCCAACAAACACACACACACUCCACGCACGUCGGUCUAGGCGUUGGCGGCGUGAUGGGUAAUAAGGGCGCGAUUUCUACGCGCAUUCACCUCCCCAGCGGCGGUAUUCUUACCCUCGUAAACGCUCACCUCGCCGCGCACCAAGGGGAGGAGAAUGUUGCGCGGCGCAAUUGGGACUACAGAUCACUUGUGUCGCGCAUCAAACCAUCCAUAUACGACUCCACCCACCUCUUGGUCUUUGGUGACCUCAAUUACAGGCUGUACGGCGACAGCAGCAGCUCUAGCAACAGCAAGCUAGAGCAGAAAAUUAUCGACCUUGAUUCGUUAGCCUCUCAUGACGAGCUGGCGCGGGAAAUGCGUGGUGGGCGAGUGAUGAACGGACUGCGCGAGGGUUGUUUUAGCGCUUUCCUGCCCACUUAUAAAUACACAGUGGGUAGCGUAGACGGUGUCGAUGCGCGUCGCGACCCCAGCUGGACGGACAGAGUCCUCUUUGCGUCUGCCGCAGCGACUCGCUGCGUCUUUUACGACUCUUUUCCACAGGUGACCAUCAGCGACCACAAGCCUAUCACGGCGAUGGUGUGUGUGGAUGGUGAGUGUAGCCAUGUGAUGGAGAUGGACAGUCGCAACCACAACCACAUUAACGCUUACGACCGUCACGCCCACUUCAAGGCUCUACUGGGCACAACAGCUGAUUUGCUCAUCGGUUACGCCUGGCUCGCCCUCUACUUGGUGGGCUGGCGGAGCAGUACGCGCGGAGCCUUGCUCGCCCUCAGUCUAGGUCUCGCCGUGUCUUAUUAUCGUGUACACUAA